ACAACAGCCGAGUAAAUAACGCUAGUGUGUGCGUUAAACUUCAGAUGAAUUUUUGUUUUUGCGACAGUGAGACGUUUCGCAAUCACGAUGUAUAUCGGUGACGCGAAUGUUAUACGGUGUGUUAUCUUCGUCCUAUGUUUUGGAUACGUACAGAACAGGAGAAAAAUAAAAGUGAAUAGUGCGACAGAUAUCAGUGAUCGAAACUCCGAUAUUUACCUGAACUCUUUACAACUUAUCGCUAAGUAUGGAUACAAGCCUGAACGACAUACAGUGAUAACAAAAGACGGUUACUUAGUAAACUCGUACAGAAUACCUAACCGAGGACCUCCAGUGUUGCUAGUUCAUGGGAUUGGCGACAGUUCCGACUCUUGGCUCGUCUUAGGACCAUCGAAGUCGAUUGCGUUCCAGUUAUCCGAUUUAGGAUACGACGUUUGGAUUUUCAAUGCGCGAGGAAAUAAAUACAGUAAAGGACACAUCAAAAAUCUCUCUGAAAAGGAGUAUUGGGAUUUCAGCUAUGAAGAGAUGGGAACUCAAGAUUUGCCUGCGGUGAUUGAUUAUAUACUUAAAGCUACGUCUCAACCGACGCUGUCUUACGUGGGGUUCUCGCAGGGAACGGCAAUAUUUUUUGUUAUGUGUAGCAUGAAACCAGAGUACAACGCGAAGAUCGAGCACGCAAUCUUGUUAGCACCGAUAGCGUGGAUCACCAAUAUACAGUAUCCGUUUAUAGACAUUCUUGCUCAAAAUUUAGACACACUCGCCACAUUUUUCGAUCAAAUAGGAGUUUAUGAGCUGUACCCGAACAAUGUACUGAGUAACUUAUAUCACGCAAAAGUGUGUCGCGAAGAUGUGCCCGAAAAUAUUUUGUGUAAGUUAGAAUAUUAUAUAAGUUAUGGGAUAAGGAAUAUAAGUAAUUUGUAUCCAGAGAGGCUUCCAGUCGUAGCUAGUCAUAUACCAGCUGGGGUUUCGACGAAGACCUUUGUGCAUUAUUUUCAAAGUUACAUUAGUGGGCGAUUCCAAAGAUUUGACUAUCGUUCUAAAAGGAAUCAAGCGUUGUAUUCAUCAAUGCAACCUCCUUCUUACGAUUUAUCCAAGAUCACGGCUCCACUGUCGUUGUUUUGUAGUGAAUCCGACUGGUUUAGUACUCCUCAAGAUGUUGAUAACCUAUUGAAGGGACUGCCCAAUGUAGUUCGAUAUCGGAUGUUCAAUAAAUCCUUAGAUUUCACGCAUUUGGAGUUUGUUUACGGUUCCCGAGUGAAUGAACUAGUCAAUAAUGAUGUCAUAGGGAUCAUUACUGAAGAAAGGUUCUCAAAGAUUCUUGUAAAUGGAUGAGGAAAUAUAAGAUAAGUUUUGUGAGAAUGCUGUUUGAAUUGUGAACAUUAUAGUGAUAUUAUAGUUGUAAGUUCAAAAGUGCAAUAUUGUUCGAUACUUUAAGGGAGCGAGCAGGCUAUAAAAAAUAUAGGAACAGUUGUAAGUUGUAAAUAUCGUAUAAGGCAAUUAUUCUAUGCAGACUUUAGUUAAUUUUGAUUUUGAUUCUUGUUUUUGCUUUUACAAAUGUUCAAUGGUUAUACCAAAUAUAAUAAUCAUGGAAAGUUGUACCUUACUUAGGACAUUAUAUAUUAUGCCUAUGUCAGUCCGGUAAGACGCUUACAAGAAUUUGAUAAACCCUCUAAUAGACUUCAUUAAACACUGUACGGAAGAUUUCGUAUGAUGAUUGUUUCCAAAAAAUCAUAUCUUCUUCUUAUCGUAUUUUGAAAUCGAAGUAAGGAGUCAAAUUUUGAAAUAAAUGAUCUCCAUUUCGCAACAGUACAACCGUUUUCAAACGUCUAUUAGAAGUAAUAAUAGAUGGGCCCUAAACACCAAUGAUUACGGUUGUCAAACAGUCAAGGACCAUGAAUACUCCAACUUUAGUGUGGACAUCGCGUCACAACG